CCCUUGCAGAACACUUACCUUCAGAAGCACUUGAAUAUUUGAGACUUAGUUCAGCGUCGAGAGUCAGUACUGUCUAGUAUGGCUGCUCCUUCGACCACCGAAAGUCCCGCGACAAGUCCUUAUCAAGCGCUUGACGAUCAAGGUUCUGGUAAAGAUGCUAUCCGCCUUCUGCAAAUCUUGCCGGGCAGUUUUGACGAUGACAUUAAAAUCGAGCUUGAAACCCAUUCGAUUGAAGAACCCCCUAAAUACUAUGCGCUCUCAUAUUGCUGGGGUCACGACAUAUCAAAGACUCCUGCAACUGUCAACGAUUACCCCCUUCAAAUUACACAGAACCUCGAGGAUGGGUUGAGACAUCUGCGAUCCCGAACGAAGACUCGGACGAUCCCGAACGAAGACUCGGACCUUAUGAAUAGACGCCCUGUGCAUCAAUCAGAACGAUAUGGAAGAGAGGAGUCAGCAGGUCCAGAUAAUGGGUUCUAUAUACUCGAAAGCUGCCAGGGUGAUUGUUUGGCUCGGACAAGCUACGGAUGGUAGUGAGUAUGUGAUGCAUUGUCUUAAACGUGGUAGAGUGAGGACGAAAAAAGUGCCGUAUUUUUUGCACUACUUGGCACUUCUAAUGGAACGGCCCUGGUUCUAUCGUGUAUGGACAUUACAAGAAACGCUCCUCGCAUCAAGGACCUCAUCCUCAUGAUUGGGUAUUAGUGGCAACCAUUAUCCUAUUUCAUCGGUUUCGUGGUACAAGAUAAGGUCGCUGAGACGCCUUUCGAGAUCUUCGCAUCUGCUAGGG